UGGGAGGGAGAGAGAGAGUGAGAGGAAAAACAACAUAUUGAUAGAGCACAGUAGAAUUUGCAAAGGAAAAAAAGCUUGACUCCAUUUGACAUUUUUUGUGGUGUGUUUUGGAAAGCAUUCUCAUGUCAGUCACUACAGCUUGCAGAAUAUUUCUACAAAUCACCUGAGGGCAGAUUCUGUAUGAUUUGACACGAUCCGGUUUGGGAACGUCGGAGUGACAUUGAGGAAGACGCAUUUCUGAAGAUCCAGAACCGAACCUCCGUCUCCAGCUCAUCUACAGUCAGCAUCCGUACAUUCUGGACCUGUUACCACUGACCAUUUCACCCUGUGUGGAUACUUCUCCAGACCGCAGAGGAUUUGCGCAAUUUCCAACGGACCAAAUUAUGACUCAUUUUACUUUUGCUUGGAUGAGUUUUCCAUCAAUUUGAUUUGCUUUGCUUUCGCUUUUUAAUUAAAACACACAUUAGCCUUUAUUGUUAAAAUCAGAUUGGGCAAGUACCCGUUAAAUGAUGACUUUUUAAUGCCCCUCCCUGCAAAUUAAAUAUUUUAAUGCGUUUUAUGAGAUGCGUAAAAUGGAAACCACUGCGCGUAAAUUCACGUCGGAUUAACUCUCUCCUCGCAUCCCGGCCACAUUCCCGUGAAAAUCUAUGGAAGUAGCCGAGCUUGCUCUGAACUUGCUUUAGGCUGGGUGCCGGGAGUAUUUUCUGCGGGACGUAGUUAGGAUGCAGUCGGGGAUGCGGGCGCUCUGUGCCGGCGGAGGCGCGUCUCUCUGCUGCCUGCUCAUGCUGUGGAUGAUCUACACCCACAUCCUGAAAGAAGGUCAGUUGGCAGUAGGCACAUGUGAGAUAGUGAUGUUGAAUAGAGACAGCAGUCAACCCAAGCGCACUAUCGCUAGGCAGACAGCCCGCUGUGCCUGCCGGAGAGGACAGAUCGCUGGCACCACACGGGCCCGACCAGCAUGCGUGGACGCCCGGAUAGUGAAAAGCAAGCAGUGGUGUGAGAUGUCCCCAUGUACAGAGGGUGAGAUCUGCGGCCUACUCUUCAAUCGCUCUGGAUGGACCUGCACCAAAGGCGGUGGCCGCAUUAAAACCGUCACGCCUCUGCCCAAGGAGCCAUCCUAAAGGACUUCAGAUUGCCGUGAGGAGGUUUGCUGACAUUCACAGGAGCGACGCCAAACAGGAAUCAUCCAUCAGCCCCCACACAUUUGUGUCCAUCCUCUCAUUUCGGAGCUAAAGAUAUCAGCCGCCCCUCUCCCCGUCACCCUCCAACAGGAAAUGGAAUCCGUGCACCAUGGUUGCAGUCAGUCAAGCGUCUCCACCGUCACACGCAGGUCAUCGAGUCCCAGCGGCCGCCAUCGUCCCACCGCUGGGGACACGCCACAUCUUCAACCCAACCUUGACAUAACUGAACUGUUUAAGUUUUGAUCUCAAAACACAUUAGGUAGGAGAACAUUUCACUCGCUUUCCAGUUAAACCGAUAGAGAGGACUGUACCUUUCAGACUACGAUUACAUAAGUUCCUCGCGGUUGCGUAAGAAGGAUCUCGAAGGACCCCGACUGCAUCUUCGCAGCGAGGACGCGUCGUCGAUGAAAGGCAGAGGAUGUGCAGAAGAGACCUUGAACUAAACAGCAGCGUUUUCCUAUGAAAUUGCAGCAGAUGACUGAUGUAUCCUGUAGAUUUGACCUCACGCGGUUUGACCAUAUGGAUUGUGUGCUGUUGAGCUCUCUGUCUGAGAAUGGCAAUGCACCGAUGCCGUCAACUCUAAUCAUGGAUGAUUUAAAGAUUAGCAAACAAUGUGUGGAUGUCAUCUGUCCCUUCCUCUCUGGGGCGUCUCUUUCACUCUCUGCUUUAAAUGUCUGUCUCUAAUGGAUAUAUCAUUUUUAUCAAUACUUUAUUUUGACUGUAAAUUGACACUUGCGAUGGAGUGUUGACCUAGAUAGGAAAUAAAGGGUGUGUCCAUGUAAAUGUGCACAACGCUUCGGGGAGUCUCUCUCUGUUGGGGGCUGUGCCCAUUCGCUGCUUAAAGUCAACGUGAAAUCGUGAAAUGCAUGUUUAGUUUUGUAAUAAAUGGUCCUGGAUUUAUUGGUGCACUCACGGUAUCGUUCAAAAGUUUAGAGUAGGUAAUAUUUUUGAAUAACGUCGUAUUUAUUUGAUCAGAGAUACAGUAAAACCAAAAUAUUAUUGCAGUUUAAAAUAACUGUUUUCUAUUUGAAUAUAUCGUAAAAUGCAAAGCUGAAUUUUCAGCAUCUUUACUCCAGUCUUCAGUGUUACAUAAUCCUUCAGAAAUUAUACUAAUAUGCUGAUUUGCUGAAAAGUGUUUUUUUUAAUCAGUGUUGAAAACAGUUGUGCAGCUAAAAUUUUUGUGGAAACUGAGAUUUCUUUCAGGAUUUUAGGAAUUAAAGUAAAAAAAAAUCAAAAUAAAUAUGCAUUUAUUUUAUUCUUUUUUUUUUUUUUUCCAAAAAACAA